AUGGCUCCAGAAGAGAAACCCAUCAUCCUGUAUCACUAUGCGAACUCUCCCUUUUCAAUGAGAGUGUCAUGGUAUCUUGCCCUGAAAGGAGUCAGAUACCAACAAUGCAUCCAGCCUAAAAUCAUGCCCCGUCCAGACAUUCACCGUCUGGGCGUAAAAUACAGACGCAUACCCAUUCUCACCAUAGGCAGAGACGUAUACUUGGACACUCGACACAUCCUCACGAAACUCAGUGAACUACCCCCCGGACGAGAAAAUGCGCGUCUUUCCAUUACUACGACUCCCGAACAGAGGGCCUUGCAGCAUCUUCUCAAUGUCUACAUCAUGGACACCGGCUUCUCGCGGCUUGUCAUACAACUUGUGCUCUUCAGCCACAAAGGUUCAGCCGAUCCUGCAUUUGUAAAGGAUCGUUCCGAACUCGUCGGCAGCACUGCGUUCUUCUCGCCGGAGAGCUGGGAGGCGACGAGGCCGGAGGCGAUACGGAGGGUGAGGGCCGGAUUCGAGUUUCUGGAGACGACGCUGCUGUCUGACGGGAGGGAGUGGCUCCUUGGGACUGCGGGGCCGAGUCUGGGCGAUAUCGAGGUUGCGUGGUCGUUUCUGUGGUUGGAGAGGGUGCCCCGUGAGAUCCUGGAGGAGUGGUGCUCCAAGGAGAUGUUUCCAAAGGUGUUUUCUUGGAUGGAGAGGUUCAAGGGGGUUGCUAAGGAGGCGGAAGAAGAGCUUGGUGAGGUGAGGACGGUGAGUGGGGAUGAGGCUGCGGGGGCGAUACUUGGUUCGGAGUAUCAUGAGGCUGAAGGGCGAGUUGACGAGGAUGAUGUCCUGGUGAAGCAGCUGGGGUUGAAGAAGGGGGCUUUGGUAAGGGUCUGGCCGAGGGAUACGGGGGUGGACCACAAGGAGGUGGGGAGGCUGGUGAGUGUUGAUGGGGGGGAGGUUGUUGUUGAGAGUGAGGCGGAGGGGGGAGGGUCGGUAAGGAUUCACGCGCAGAGGCAUGGAUUUGCAGUUGCGCCGUUUGAGGGGUAA